AUGACGACUAUCAGACCAUUCAAAUGUGAUGAUCUGUUUAGAUUUAAUAAUGUAAAUCUGGACCCUCUUACAGAAACAUAUGGCCUGCCAUUUUAUAUGCAGUACUUGGCUCACUGGCCUGAAUACUUUCAGGUGCUGGAAUCACCAAGUGGAGAAAUUAUGGGAUACA